UGGAUGACGCCCAUUAUCACUUUCAGCCGACUCAAUUGAGGAUGCGAGUCACUAUGGAUUUCUAUGGAUUCUCAUUUGUUAUUGUUAAUUUGAACGAAUUUUAAGAAGCCUCUGCUUUAUUUUUCUAAUUUUGUGCCAUCAUUAUGUCCUAAGAGUGCGUUAAAUUGUUGAAAUUCGUCAAUUAAUUGUUAAAUUUUGUGAUAAAAAUCGAAAAACGAUUCAUUAAAAAUGCAAAACGAGCAAAAAAUGAACGUCGCAGCAAUUCUUUCUGAUGGCGAUAUUUCCCACUCAUUAUAUCCCGGAAUCACAAUUAUCGGCAAGGAAGAGGGAAAUCUGCGUCUCAAUGAUGAAAAUAUCGAAUCUCGUCAUGCUGGCAUCCGAAUUUCUCUUGUCAAUGGUGCAAUUUCUGCCGAAAUAAAUGAUUUUUGUACGAAAAUCGGGACUAAAAUCGAUAACGAAUUGAUUCCAACGGGAGAAUGGAAACAGUUGAAGAGCGAGAAUUGGGUGACUUUCGGCGAAAAAUCUUUGAAAUUCACAUUUAGACCUUCAGAUGAUGAUUCCGAGGUGAUUUCAUGCAGUCCCGAGCCAAUAAUUCGUGUUCGUCGUCGUUGUCGAUCAAUGAUACAGUCGCAAACGUCACCAAUUGUCGCUACAAAGGAAGUUACUACGUUCAAAAGUGACUCAUGUAUGCUCGUGCCAUCGUCCCAGAGACUUUCUAAUGUUCCAUUGACGACAAAAACCGAAACUAAUGAUGACUUUGAAGACGAAAUAAUUCCCGAAACGCAACAAAUGCCCGAAACUGAGCCUGUAACGAUGUCAGAUGAGGCGUCAAAUGACUCAGAAUUCGUUUUUGUCGAAGGUGACACGCAAGCAAACCCCAAUUUAAUGAAUUCUCAGUUGUUACAAUCGCAAAUUGUGCCUCUUGGAGAGACUUCCUUCGAUGUAAAUGUCAACAGAAGUGACAACAAGAGCAUUAUUAUCGAAAAAAGUGUCGAUGGAUCGAUGCAUUUGCAGUUGGAUGUGACGCCAAGUCAAAAUGUCACGCGAAACGAAGAUCUUCCGGAUAUUUUCAAAGACACCGAAAGUCUCCCGGAUGAAAAUGACGAACCAACACCCGAUAUUCCGAAUCGUGACGACGCUCCAACGCCAGAUCUCCCGAAUCCUGAUGAAAAAAUUGACGAUCGCGCCGAAUCUGUCACUCCAGACUUGAAUGAAAUCGAGCAAGCGGCAGUUGACAGCCCAAAAUCAGGCAAAGCUUUGACCUCGAUCGCAUCCACAGAGUCAAAAACAACAAUUGAAGGCGAAGGAUUGAUCACGGAAGACGAUAACAGCACCUUAGAUGGUCACUCAUCAGUCGAUAACGAAGAAAUUUACAACGCGGCAACACAAAAAUUCAAUCCAAACACUUCUUCUGUCGAUAAAAACACGAAAGACGACAGCGACGAUGACAUAUUUUUCGCUCCAACACAAAAAAUUCCCUCACCAUUGACACGAAAAAUCGCAAAACCUGAACCGGUGUCGCCUGAAGUCGAUCCCAGCAUCUACGAAUGUGCCACGCAACGUCUUAAUACCUCGGAAAAGGAUGAGGAACCGCAUUCAAGUACGCGUGACGACAACAUUUAUGAUGCCUUGACGCAAGUUAUUCCGCCGGAGUUCUUUGCAACGCCCGUAAACAUUCCAGAACCUGUCGACGAGGACACAAAUGACUCGGAUUACAAGUCAGCUGAUAGUAAAAAUAAGCAGGAAUCGCCGAAAACCACUCCGGAGGACAGCAUUUUCUUUGAUUCGUUCUCGCAAUUGAACACGCCGCAUAUUUUCAAAGGGAAAUUACCGCAACCGAUACAAGUGAAGGAAGAGGAUGAAGAGAAAACUCCGUUGAAACGUGAAAAUGGGAUGAAAAAUGAUGAUCAGAGUCCGAUUGCGAGCCCAGCUGCUAAUAGUACGAUGGUUAAAAGGAAAAUUUUUCAUAACAAAAAAUCUAAUCUUUUUGCACAUCUCCAAGGCUCUCCAUGCCCCAUGGUAGAUCCAAAUGAAGUAAACACGCCCGAAGGUCUCCACUUGCCGCCAAAAGACGACUUAGAAAAGCAAUCUACCAACUUGGAACACAAAAAGAAGUCCGAUCGUUCAUACUUUUUCGAAGACAUCCCCACAGAUGCUACCGAAACACCCUCCGCCGAUGAAAUUUCUGCCCUAAAUGACUCCCGUACUCGCUUCCAAGCCAAACCAAAAGUCGCUGAGCCCCCAAAAAAAGCAGAAAGACGAUUCCCGAAACUAAAACCACCCACUAUGUUACCUCCAGCAUCAUCAUUUUCAUCAAAAACCAUGUCGCCAAAUACUUUGGUGAAGCCAGAUGAGCUAAAAAAGCGCUCAAAAAGUGCAGAAACUCCCGCAGAAACAACUUCUCGUGAACCAAGUGGCCGAAAACGCAUCAGAAGUACCAAAUUAUCCGAAGAUUUUGUCACUUCGACUCAAAUGGACAACAUGGAUUUCGAAGAACCUGUAGCUAAGAAGUCGAGUCCGUUGCAGGAAAAGCCAACAAAACCUGAAACACGAACAAGAAGCUGUCGAGUUGUGGUAAAACCAGUAGCUGCUGUGGCAACUGCCCUUCCGGAGUCAAUUUCGCCUGAGGAAAAAAUUAAUACGCGUAAAAGGAAGGCAAUGGCGCAGAUUUUUGGCAGUGAUAGCGAAGAAGAAGAAGAGCAAAAAGCGAAAUCGCCUCAAAAAUUGAGAAAAGUUAAGACCGAAAUCAAUUCUGAAACAGAAAAUCGUUCCAAUGAGCCUCUGAAAAAAACAUUAACAAGCAAAAGUCGCUCAAAACGAGAACCAAAAGUCAAAAAAGAAGUUGAACAAGUACCUGACAAGGUCAAAACUCGUCUUCAAGAUGCUCCGAAACAAAAAAUUCUCUUCACAAUGGUCAGCAGCGCCAAUUACGAAUCGAAAAUUAAAAAGACUGGUCACUCGUUAGCAACUUCCAUUAGCGAAGCAACAGUUCUAGUCACGAACAAAGUUUACCGUUCAGCGAAAUUUCUCUCUGCACUCAGUAUGGGACUUCCGAUCGUCACCGACGAAUGGCUCAAGGCAUUUCCCACUAAAUUAGACUAUAACAUCGAAAAAUACCUCAUAAACGACUCCAUUAGUGAAGACAAGUACAAAUUUAGUUUGCGUGGCAGUUUGGAAGACAUUCAAAAAAACGGCGCAAUUUUAAAGGAUUUUACGAUAAUUUGUUCGCCCAACACGAAACCCGUCCCAGAUGAAGUCAAAUUGAUCGUCGAAAGCUCCGGCGGGAAAUUUUCCGACAAAAUCGACGAUUUGCCCAAGAAAAAAGACGAAAAAUGCCUCGUUGUUGCCGAUGCGAGCGACAAAAAGUUCAUCCGUGAUGCCAAAAAGAAAGAUUCCAAGGUGAAAAUUCUCACAACCGAGGCUUUUAUGUUGAGUGUCCUGCGAAACGAACUAGUUUUAGAGAAAAAAUUACUUUUGUGAGCGAAAUGUAUCAAGUUUAAAUUAUUAUUUCAUCAAAUUUUUUCAUUGAAAAUCCGCAGA